AUGUUGGAGAUUUUCUUUUUGCUGGCACAUUAUGCUGAUGCAGAGGUGUUGCAGACUGUCGAUGAUCCUGAAGACCUCGAAGCACAUCUCAUGGUAGAUCUGAUGAGGGCGAAGUGUGAAGUUUUUAGGGCAGAGAAGCUUCUUGCAGAUUGCAUGGUGCAAGAACACGAGGUCACGGCUAGUUUGUUCAGAAUCAGAGCCACCACCUUGGGGAAGAAACUGGAUGCUACUGAUGACGAGCUUGGUCGCAUGCAGAUCACCUGUAAGAAUAACAAUCUCAUAGUACCAACCUGCCACCCCGAUGAGCCAAAUAUUUAUCGCAUGCACCGCAUCACUAUGGAGAACAUCAAAAAUAGAGCGGAUUUCAUGUUCUCGUUCAUUUCCCAGAGAUACACAUGUGUCAGAGAUUACAGAGUAAAUUCCACACAUUACCACCAAAAGAGGCAGUUUCACAGCAGCGCGCUCAUCAGCGACAGUGUUCCCAUUUCUAACAUCCUCGGUUCUACUCACAAGAAAGCUGAAAAGGCAGAUUACUGCUCUAACAUUCAGCUCAUCAUGGAUCAAGCUGCCCUCAAUUCUUUGCUAGAUCCUGCACUGAAAGAUCAGCUUGAACUCCACAGGCACCUCAAAGACGAGAUAAAAAUCCAUAAGAUUUCUCACUCUAAGUCGAAGAAGCAGUCCACAGGCUACAAAGAUAAUGCACUUACUGAACGCGAAUUUACACUACAAAUUGCUGUAUGCACUGGUGAUUAUCUCUCGGCAUUCGUUUCAUUCUACAGGAAUCACAAUACUUAUGCCACCCUUCCUCAAGAGCCUUACCGCUGGGCAAGCGUAGCAAACGCAUCCCGCAUUGCCAUUGCUGCUAGAUACUCCUUACUACCAUACUGGUACACGCUUUUUGCCAAUUCCCCUAUGGCCGAUCUUCUGCCUGUCAGGGCAUUGUCUUGGGAGUUCCCUAACGAACCUGAGCUUUUCACAGUAGACAGGUGUCUAGCAUUUGGUACUGCAUAUGUGGACGAUGGGACCACUUUUCUGCCUGGACCUAGUCAAAGACUCACAUUUCAGGCCGCACCCACAAGAUUGAGGAAGUUAGAGAUGAUCACUGUGCCUGGCGUGCAGAAAUAUACCUUGGUCUCAUUGCAAGGAUUGCCAGUCAAAGGCAUGUAUUUCUGGGCCAUUGGACAGAUCGCGCAGUGCGUGAUCGAAGUCAUGGAGGCAUCAAGCCGGCUGGACGACUUCGCUCACUCAUGUUGUAAGGAUCGUAUAUCCUCUGCGCCCCAACCAUAG